AUGGUCAACGGCGUCGGAACGGCUUCUCGCCAGGAGGGUGACUGCCACCAGCGGAUACUGGGAGCGGCGAAGACGACGACAGCAGCAACGCCAGUGAUGAUGAUGCACCGACGGAAAGCCGUACAUCCGCCACCAUACUCCCAGUCUUCUUUGCAAACAUCGAGAGCGACAGAACGGCGUAGUGAAGCUCGGCGGUACGGCGCGUCUCCUGCAUGGCGCAAAGAGGGCUCUUAUUCACCGACGGAGACGGGUCUUACAAUGGAAAUACUGGACUUUGUGUCGUACGUUUCGCUUAACGCCGAGGAGAGACUUCGGCGCGAGGAGUUGAUUACAACAGUACGACGAGUUGUGACGGAGCUUUGGGGCUCGGCAGCACGUCUCGUUGUGUACGGCAGCUACGCCCUGGAUCUCUCUAUUCCGUCCUCGGAUGUUGACCUCACUAUCCUCUUUGAUGACGACAAGUCCCCAGUUGCAUCGGCUGCUCACGGUGACGAUGCAAUUGGGGUGCAGACACGACGUCUGCGUCGUCGACAUCAACUCGCCCAGCGCCUUACAUCGAUGGGAUUUCGUGUAAAUGUAUAUGAUUUCUGUCGUGUGCCCGUUCUCAAGCUUAGUGACUCCUUCAGUGGACUUUCAUGUGAUAUCAACGUCUCUGAAAUUAAUGCUGUAGAGCAGGUGGUGUCGCGGCAGCGGGAGUGGCUCUCCAGCAGCGCAGAAGCACGUGAACUUAUCCUCAUCACGAAGGCUGCUCUUAAACAGUGGGGGCUAAAUUCGUUGUUUCACGGAGGCCUCUCCGCGACGGCUCUCUACAUGCUUGUAUUUCGCUUUUUGGAGCAGGGCGCGGGGCAUGGGACAGCAACAACAACAACAUCGCCAGCGCCUCAUUUGACGGCACGACGGCUGUUGAAUUUCUGGCGUUACGCCUCAUCGGAUGUUUUUUUUAAUGGCUACGACGUACAUGACGCGUUUGCCGUAGAUACAGACGGGGCCUCGUUGGAGGCAUCGCCGACGGCUGACAGCGGGCCCGCGCUGGUUCGGGGAAAGGUAGACCUCAGCGCUGGCUCAUUCCGACUGCCGGAGGUGUUGGCGCUCUUCCGCCACUCCGCCUUGGCCCUUGAAGACGCCAUGGCGCGGCACUCACUUGCGCGGUUCGGCAGCGGUGGUCUAAGUGACAUCUUUGCCGACCCUCGCAGGGACGCCGCAGCAGCUGCCGCCUUCGUGACAGCGGCCCCCCACGCGCGUGGUGGCGGAUGA